CUCAUGUCUCAGAAUAGCUGCGAUUCAACCAAUAAUUGUCUUGACAUUUGGUGCUGGGAGUCUCCCAGCACAAUGUCAAAAGACAAUUCUUGGUUGAAUCGCAGCUAGUCUACGAGCAACCUGGCUACUAGUGUGUUCGCAACAGGUUCGCCUCUGCCGGACUGAUAUAACGUUACCCUUUCCCACACCGCAGAUCGAUUGACUGAGGUUUGGUAGAAUAAAAUUAUUAGGUCCCUGGUGAAAGGUACGGAUAAACACGACAGGUGGAUGGAUUUCUCAGUGAAGCACCUACUCCUUACACCAGUGUGAUAUGACAUCACUGAGUGGUUACCACAGAAACCAGGGCUCCACUGCAGACGGUUGACAGCCAGUCAAGUGUUUUUCCACAGGGAUGGCUGCACAAGUGGAGGUGCAGACUGGGGAGGUGGAAAGGAUUGGUGUAGGGAGACGACUGCACCUCAGCCCUCUGUCUGACUCCAGCAACAAGAGCCUCACGGAGGGUCCCUCCAACACCCAGGCCUCCCUCAUCAUCACUCCAGAGCCUAGUAAGCCUGUCCCUACACCCAAACCACGGCUCACUCCCAAACCUUUCACUGUGGAGAAAAACCCCACCAUCCGGCCCAUACUUGCGCCUAAGCCUAAUACCAACCCCCGACCAGUGCCCACUCGCCCUACUUCUUACAAGCCUGACUCACCCAGCACCCCAAAACUUCAGCAGCCGAAUGUCACCAGCAAACACAGGCCAGGGCCGACCAACCCCAGCUGUCCUGCUCCUAACUCCUACAAACCCUCUCAUAAGUUGAGCAUGGGACAAACCACGAAGCCUGUAGCCCAGCCCUUCAAACCCGCCCCUCUUCUAACCCCUGGGGACCCCAGCAAACCAACUCCCUCCCAACCGGUGCGACGUCAGAAGCCAGCUGCGACAGGCUUGUUCCACUCACGGGGCCCUAAGAAACAGCCUUCAGCAGAAUGGUCCGGAUCCACCAAACCGGAGAAGGAAAGGAACAAAACAGGAUCCAGUAUCAGAGCGGGGGCAGCCUCUAUGACCAGAGCCAAGUCUAUGGGCUUCCUCAGUCAGAUAGGGCAAGAUGAGGAGGAAAGGAAGGGGGAUGAAGGGCCCAAGGUCACAGUUCAACUCCGAUCCCAGUCUAGAGCCUCCAGGCCCAGACCUGUGUCGGCCAUCUUCCUGCCCUCUCCCACUCAGGCUGAGUCGCCCACCCCAGCUGCUCGCUGGGCAGUGAGACGUCCCCUCUCAGCCGACCUCACCUCCAAGUUUGAGUCCAUUGGCCUGUCGCUGCACCACGGCCGACCUGCCAAGCCCGACAGAAAGGAAAACACUCCAGGGGAACCGCUACGGAGGACAGAGGGGACCAAUGUUACACCACCGGCCCCAGACAGCAAGCCCUCAGCCCUCGUAGGAGGGAGAGAGAAGAAAACAGAGGAAGAAGAGGAGGAGGAUGAUGAGGGAAAGGGUGGAGGCAGCAUUAAGAGACGGAUCAGUCUCUUGCUUGAUUCCUCCUCUUCUUCCUCUCCUGUGGUUCCUCUCCGUGUUGCUGCCCAAAGACCAGGGUCUAACUCUCCAGUACAGCCCAUCCAAGAGGCAGAUGUAACAUUGGAUGGUGUUAAACAGCGAACCAGGAAGCUUACUGAAGAUACUGUUUCACCACCAGCCCAGACCCCUGCUGUUAAACCACAGUUCAAGUCCCACCCUCUGCCCCCUGACCUGACCAAAAGGCUUGGCUCUGAGAGGUCCACAGACCUCGGCAGUCCCUCCCCCAAUGAGGCAACCGCCCGCCGUGAGAGGGACACUGAUCCUCAAAGGAGGGUGGAGGACUCCGUUUACACCUUCAGUGACCAAAAAAAGGUGGAUGACGACAUCCGAGGCAUACAAGAGCAGCCCCCCCAGACCACCUCUGACCCUUCAGCAGUACUGACUGAGGCAGGGCGAUGGAUGGAGAGCUGCCCCAGCAGUGGGGCACAGACGGUGCGAGCAGCCCUGUUUGAGAAUGUGGUGGAGAGACACAGCGUGCUGGUGAUGGAGGAGGAUAGGGCACAGAGUGCCACAAAGGGCUGUCCCAAGAGAAGUGUGUCCCUCAAACUUGGGGAUGGGGAGAACGACGGCAGCCUGGUCACCGCCACCUACCGCAAGCCUGUGUCUCCCUCCAGUCCACUUCUUGUAGAGCACUUGUUUGACACUGUGCAGGCGGUGGGAGAGAGGAGAGCCGUUAGUGAGAGUGUCCCUUUGGCUCAGCUCGAGGACAAAGCCAUGACCCUCCGUUCCAGGCGUUCUGAGGGGAAUCGGUCAGCCAGGGCUGAGCCAGUGGAGGAGAGGCAUGCUCAGGUCCAAGGAGUCCUCAGUUUGGCUCAAAGGAGAGCACCAGCCUCCCAACAGGAACAGGGACCACACUACCUGAGGGUUGGAGUUCUGCAGAAGUGGAAUACCACUGAGAUGGAUAGGGAGGCAGAGGUAGAGAAAGGAAGGGAAAAGGAGAGGGAGAGAAAGGAGGAUGAGAAAGAGAGGCAGAGGGAAGCGGAGAGGAGGAUGCAAAUGGAUGUAGACAGGGAGAAGCCGACAGAGCAGGACAGGGAGAGAGAGGAAGUGGCAGCACCGAAGCGGUUGAAAAUGCUGGAGGCAGAUGAGCAGCCACCCAAGCCCAGGGCCACCUACUUUGCUCUGACCGGUCAGAUCCAGGAAGCUGUAUCCGUUGGGGACGAGGAAACCGAGAGAGGGAAUGUGGAAGUUCCCUUUGACAAUUUCUCUAUGAAGUCUGGACAAUGGGGCUCUCAAGGGAAGGUCUUACAAGUACGAAGGAACCCCUCUCUAGAUGAAGCUUUUGGAAAAAGCUCCCAAGGUCAACAACAAGAAGAACUGGUGGAGCGGAAUCAAACACAGGAAAGGGAGAGAGGAAAGGCAUGGGACAGACAGACAUGGAGGGAGGAGCUGGGAAUAGAAAAACAAAAACAAGUAGACCUUGAGAAAGUAAAAGAGUUGGAGAGGGAGAAAGAAUGGCAGAGGGAGAGCAAGGAGUUUGAGAGGGAGAAACGGACACAGCUGGACAUGGAGAGACAGAAACCGUUAGAAUAUGCAAGAAAGAGAGAGAAGGAAAAGCUACAAGAAUUAGAAAGAGAAAGACACGAGUUGGAGAACGAGAGUCUGAGUGAGAGACAAAGAGAGCUGGAAAGACAGCGAUGGCACGAGCUGCAGAGGGAGAGCCAGAUCGAGUUGGAGAGACAGAAAGAGUUUGAAAAGGAGAGGCAGAGACAGUUAGACUUAGAGAGACAGAAAGAGUUUGAAAAGGAGAGGCAGAGACAGUUAGACUUAGAGAGACAGAAAGAGUUUGAAAAGGAGAGGCAGAGACAGUUAGACUUAGAGAGACAGAAGAAGUUGGAGAGAAUAAAGGAGAUGGAGAGAAGGCAAAUGUUUGAGUUUGAAAAACAGAAGCAGAAUGAGAGAGAGAGGCAACAGCUUCUGGAGCUUGAAACGCAGAGACUAAGAGAGAAAAUGGAGAGAGAGGAGCAGGAGAAGAUGAGACAGCAAGCCAUACAACACGAGGAAGACAGACAGAGAGAGUUGGAAAGGGAAAGAGUGCAAGAGUUGGAGAGAGAGAGGCAACGCGAUCUGGAAAGACAAAAACAGAGAGAGUUGGAGAGAGAGAGGCAACGCGAUCUGGAAAGACAAAAACAGAGAGCGUUGGAGAGAGAGGGGCAACGCGAUCUGGAAAGACAAAAACAGAGUGAGUUGGAGAGGCAGAGACAGAAACAGUUGGACUUUGAGAGACAGGAAUUGGAAAACCAGAGGGAUAGAAAAAGGGAGUUAGAGACAGAGAGACAGAGGGUAGAAGAACUGGAGAGAAUAAAGGAGAUGGAGAGAAGACAACUGUUUGAGUUUGAAAAACAGAAGCAGAAUGAGAGAGAGAGACAACUGCUUCAUGAGCUUGGAAAGCAGAGACUAAGGGAAAAGAUGGAGAGAGAGGAACAGGAGAAGAUGAGACAGGUAGCCAUACAAGAGGAGGCAGAGAGACAGAGAAUCAUGGAGAGGCAGAGGAGAGAGAACCAAGAGAGGGGGGUGCUGGACUCUUUACCUCUCAGACCUAAAAUGCUGGAUCUAGACUCUGGGUGCUGGUCUUUGGGUGACCUGCACUCCAGAGGCAGUCCCCACUCCCCUAGUGUCCGAUGGAAGCAGCCCUCUCCCUGGGCAGAUGACCACUACAGACCUGGUAUCCUGGACAUAGACUCAUUCAGGUCCCAGACCGAGACACAACCCUUGCCCACUAGAGAGGUGUUCCCUGUUACUGGCAUCCAGGGCUCAGACCCAGGUAAUGGGGUGAGAUCCCACCCCCACUCUCCAGAAAGGGAAGGUGGCUAUAGGAGGGCUCCCGAGGGCGCAGUGGGGCGACCCAGUACUGUGUGGGCCCCCUCUCAGCAGGAGCUGUGGGAGCAGAGGCUAAGCAUCGACGAGGAAUCAGUGGAUAGGCCCAUGGCUGGACCAGAGCCACCCAGGAAGCCUGCCAAUAAACCCAGCCUGGAGCAGCUCCUCCACGGGCUGGAGGACAGGGCCACGGCCCCCAUCCUGGUCCCAGAGAGACGCUGGUCUGGUAUGCCCAGUGAACCAUCAUUCCCCAGGAGAGAGCCCCACAGCCCUGGGUCCCCCAUGGAGCAGACCUGGUUCCCCCAGGACUCAGAGCCCCAGGGGCACAGGGUAGAGGCCAGAGGACAGAGGAGAUCUCAGGGCUCCCAGGAGCUGAACCGGAUGAGGUCUCGCAGCGUGUCCCGUAGAUCAGCCCCGUCUGACAGUGCUGUGGAGGGGAGCCUGUCCAGGAUGAGGAGCAGGAGUACACAUAGAGAGAGAGGUGGACAGAGCUGGGAGCAGUUGAAGCAGAAUGUGGACGGUGAGGAGGGGAGGGACAUGGACACACUGGUCCAUGAGACGGACAGUCAGUACGGGACCUGGGAGACAGGACUGCACACUGAUGAUAGCCUGACUCCUGCCACGCCCACCUCAGACAGCCAUCCCAGUCAGUCCCCUAGGAAACCCAGUCCACUUUACACGCCAGGGGAACAUGUCCACACCCCGCCCAGUGACCUCGACACUCCAGACGGCUUCUCUGCCCAGCCCGAGAUACAACCACUCCCCUUCCCUGAGGCCUCCACCAGCCUACUGGACUCCAGUGCUCUGCGCUGCAGGGUGCAGUUGAGUAAGAUGCGGGGGCCACGUUCACGCCCCUCCAGGGUCUCUCGUCAGACUGCUGCUCUGUCUGUACACCCAGAGGGACAGGCCACGCCUACUGAGGACUGGCGCUCUCGAGACUCUACAGAGGACAAAGUGAAGUCUUCCAAGAAGGAUUCAGACUCUGAGGAACAGGCGAGAGGAGCAGUCCCCCACUCUGCUGCUGCCUCCUCCCAGCCCCAGAGAGUCGCCCUCUUCCCUGGGAUGGACCCGUCUGCCCUCAUGGCCCAGCUCAAGAAGAGAAGUGACUCUGACAAUCAGACAGAGGGACCCUCCACUUCUCCCUCCCAGUUAUCCCGUUCUCCUAAAUCCCCCUUCCUUCCCCGGGCGUCCCGUGUGCUGCCCCCCUCCGGAGGGAAGGAAAAUGGUGAAGAGGCCUCACCACAGUGGCUGAGAGAGCUGAAGUCCAAGAAGCGCUUGAGUCAGUAUGAAAAUGACAGCUAAGUGUGAAUGAUCAAGUUGCCUUAACUGAAGAAUCUGGUGGAGAAUCGGACAGUAGCCUUAACCUUGGACCCUGAGAAAAUGGGAAUUCUGCUGCUGACAUUGUAAUUCGUCAUCUGUUUGUUUAUUUUCUCUGUUCUCUUCCUGCCUGGCUCAAAUCCAUGUGCAUGGUGCCUUCUUACAGACAACCUCGGUCUUAUGGAUGAAACGAGCAAGGGGCUGCUCUGCUCAGAGCGUCCAGUUCACUGCUAGCUCCUCCACCUCCUGUGUCAGGGGGGUCUUUGCAUAAAGCCACUUUACCCUCUCACAUGACAGGGGAGACUACGGAAGGGGGGGGAUCCCAUUCUCUCCUGUCAGGUUGUGUUGUAUUUCAUUAAUGGUUAACUUGUGGGACCACAUGCCUCUUAACCUGGAAGUGCUUCAAUAAGCUGGAGGACAGUAUAGCACCUCCACAAGACAUAUUUUUAUUUUGUUUUCUCUUUUUAAAUAUAAUUUUCAGGUUAGUCUAUGCUUUAACUGUAUCUGUCAGUGGAGGAGCGUAGGAAAAUAUUUCAGAUUUUAUUUUUUGUCAUGGAUCAUAGAGAACAAAACACUGCUGAACUAAUGGGCAGCCAGGGUGUAUUAUGUGUUACUAAUAAAUAUGGUAUCUGUAAUCAUGAAAUGUUAUAUUUGUAUUGUUGCUAAUUUGAAAGCUGAAUCAUAACAUGUCAGAGUGUUGGGUUUGUAUGGAGAGCAUUUAAAGCAUCACUACAGCAGAGGCCCCCAACCCCAUUCCUCUGAGCCACUCAGUGACUGAUGUCAUGAACUAACUGAGAAUCUGUUGUGUUGACAUCAUGCAGUCCCUUUAAACUUAUGGCUAAAGAGGAAUGCUUUGUGUUCGCUGUUUUUUCAAUCAUGUCUGAAUCUGUUUCUACUGGUGGAAAAGGGGAGGGGAAGGGUUAAUCACAAUGGAAAUCUACCUCCAUCUCAAUUACACGCGCGCACACACACACACGCACGCAUGAACACUAAUCAGCCUGUUCUUCCUCCCUUCACCUCCACUUACCUCUUCAGUGAAAGAUCAAAUGAUUGUGUGUGUAAUACUGAUGGAUGAGUGAGUAAGGAUUGCAAGGAAAAUGUACAUGUUACCAAUGAGCCAUACAUUCAAUGUGCACUUCCUGGUUUCUGUGUCUGCAACACAUCUCCCAUUUAGCGACCUCACGUGCAUUGUCCCAUCAUUGUUUGGAAAAGUAUGUGCAUGCACAGUCUCUGGUCCUUUUCAUCAUGCUUUACUCAGACACUUAACUGAAUGGCCACACCAAGUAGCAGUGGUACAAUCACAGUCUGGAUAUCAUGGCUUCAUCCACAACUGUAAUGGUCCCAUUGUGCACAUGGUCGGUGCAGCGGUGUGGAUGUAUGGUGGAAUGGUAGGAGUACGGCUUCCACUACCCCAGUGGGGAAUGCAAGUGAAGUAUAUUGUUUUGAGAUGAGGGUGGUAAUUUACCCUUUUCUUCUGCACGUGACUUGGACUAUUUGCACCAGUUGUUUUAGGGCUUGUUUGAGCUGACUUAGGCCAUUCCCCUGACCAUGUUAGCCAUGCUCCACUGUCCCACUACUUCCACUACAGGCACUGACCGCAUUCCACAUUUUCGUAGACAGACGUUGGAACGCUAAUGCAAGUGAAUGUUUUGAGGGAAUUUUUUGAGUUGUCCCUUUGGUGUCUGUCCAUGGCGUUUGACUUUGUCAUUAUUUUUUCUCUCUCGUUUUAUUUGAAGUAAAAUGUAUAUUGCACUGUUGUAAGGCCGUUGUUCAAAAGUGUAAAUUCUCAAUAAAAUGUACUGCGUUAAGCUUC